CACCUCCUCCUCCUCCCGUCAGGAUGGUGCCCCCGCCGCCAGCGAACAAGCCCCACGUGUGCCUGUCCACCAUUUUGAUCAUGAGCAGCAUGGCGCUAAUGGACGCCUACCUGGUGGAGCAGAACCAGGGCCCGCGGAAGAUCGGCAUCUGCAUCAUGGUGCUGGUGGGGGACGUGUGCUUCCUCAUCGUCCUGCGGUACGUGGCGGUGUGGGUGGGGGCCGAGGUACGCACGGCCAAGCGCGGCUACGCCAUGAUCCUGUGGUUCCUCUACGUCUUCGUGCUGGAGAUCAAGGUCUACUUCGUCUACCAGAACUACAAGGCCGACCGCUCCAGCCUGGACGCCGUGGCCCGCAAGGCCCUCACGCUGCUGCUGUCCGUCUUCGUGCCCGUCCUGUUCGUGGUCCUGGUGGCCAUCGACCACAUGGAGUACGUGCGCGCCUUCAAGAAGCGCGAGGAGAUCCGGAACCGCCUCUUCUGGGUGGUGGUGGACCUGCUGGACAUCCUGGACAUCCAGGCCAACCUGUGGGAGCCGCAGAAGAAGGGGCUCCCCCUGUGGGCGGAGGGGCUGAUGUUCUUCUACUGCUACAUCCUGCUGCUGAUCCUGCCCUGCGUGUCGCUGAGCGAGAUCAGCAUGCAGGGCGUCAACAUCGUGCCGCACAAGAUGAUGCUGUACCCCAUCCUCAGCCUGGUCACCAUCAACGUCAUCACGCUCUUCAUCCGCGGCGGGAACAUGAUCUUCUACAAGGACAUGCGCGUGUCGGGCAUCCUGAUGGGCAAAAACGUGGUGGCCAUCAUCCUAAAGACGUGCAGCUUCGCGCAGUACCGGAAGCAGCUGCACAACGCGCCCCCGCCGUUCGGCGUCGAGCUCCAGAAGAACUCCGUGCCCCUGGCCCGGCCCAUGACCCUGCCCAUGCCCCCCCCGCCCCAGGUGGUGGUGCAGGACCUGACGGCGUUGCCCGAGGUGACCACCUGCGACCACACGUAGCACCGGACAAUCGGGAAGGACCGUUAAAAAAAAACAAUAAAAAAAAACAAAAACAGUCGUCAUUUUUAAAAAAACGAAAACGGGAUUAUUAUGUUUAGCGGACGCGGGAUUAUGGCAUGCUACGGUACUACAGUGGGCACAGGCAAAUGAACUGGAUUAAACAAGCUUCAUGUUAGCGGUACAAACCAGUGGCGGAAUUUUUUAUUAAAAAAAAAAAAAACGAGAGUGGUGUGGCAGAUAACCGGGGGCCUGUAUCACGAGAGUAUCUCAACUUAGUCGAGCGAAAUCCAAGCUGGAUCAACAAAUCCUAAACACACGGCAACCACGGAUAACUAGUAUCACAGCGCUGGUUAUAAACUCUCUCUCUGCCCACCUGGAAGCUCUCUCACCAUGGUGACAUAGUCUGAUAAAAAAGAGAGCGACUAUCGUUAUUCCAGAACUCUGGAUUAGGCACGAAGUUAGCUGACUACCCUACUGCUUUGUGAUAUAGGCCCCAGGUGAAUGAUUAGCGAAUUGUUUUAUUUUGAAAACCCUAACUUUGUGUGAUGUCUACGUAUGUGAGGGUGGUGUUAAUUUUACUGUAUCUCAUCUGCGUUUGUGACAGCGGUUUGAAAUCUAACUGUCACAACCACAAAAGUUCCAAAUCAUUCCUACUUCUGAGAAAAGGCACACUACCUACUUUUUAAACGAAGGCCACCGUCGUUUUUAGAUAAUACCCUGUAUUCUGAACUUUGCGCUAUAAGUUUGGAGCGGAACAGAAGAUAAUGUACUUUUUCCUUUCUUUUUGGAUAAGGAGGCAGCUUAUGGUAAACAAGGCUCCUUUGCAGAGAAAGAAGACAAUGUAUUUUUUGAAACCAUACUGUGAAAAAAGCCAACAGGUAUAUAAAUAUAUUUUUAUAUAGAUAUAUCAUAUAAUUAAUGGUGUGUGGUGCAUUAUGGGAAAGAAAAAAACAACUGGAUGGUCGUGUGUUGUGAUUUCACUCUUUAAGUUCCUGACCUGUUUCGUUUGUAGUUACUAUAUAUUCCGGUUAAGUACUGCAGUUGUAAAGAACCGACUGACAAUGCUUUAUUUGAACAAAAAAAAGAAGAAGAAGAGUCUUUUCUUAAUGAAAGUGUUUUAUAUGUGAUUCUUUGAUAAAGUACUGUGCAUACAUGAAA